AUGUCCGCGGAUCAGCUGGCGGCGCUGGAGACUCCAGCCUGGCUCGACACUGGCAACAAUGCCUGGCAACUGACAGCUGCAUCUCUCGUCGCGCUCCAAUCAGUGCCCGGACUAUGUGUACUCUACGCCGGUCUGGUCAAGAAGAAGUGGGCCAUCAACAGCAUGUUCAUGGUAUUCUACGCCUUCGCUAGCGUCCUCAUAUGCUGGGUCAUCUGGGCAUACAAAAUCGGCUUCGGCCAAUACAUGCUGCCUUUCGCCGGAAGGCCAGGACCUGUCCUUACGAUGGACGAGGUGAUCGUACAGUCCACGCUGCCCAGCGCCAACGUCUCGCAGAACUUUCCGAAGGCCACGAUGAUCUACUUCCAGUUUGUCUUCGCUGCUAUCACUCUCGCUCUCAUCGCGGGCGCGUACUUGGCGCGCAUGAGCUUCCGAGCCUGGAUGCUUUUCGUGCCGCUCUGGCUUACCUUCAGCUACUGCAUUGGCGCCUACAGCUUGUGGGGUGGCGGCUUCCUCUUUCAGAUGGGUGUCAUGGACUACUCAGGUGGCUACGUGAUUCACUUGUCCUCUGGCACAGCAGGUUUUGUGGGUGCGUGGUGGAUUGGUCCAAGACUCAAGCAAGACCGCGAGAACUUUCAGCCCAACAAUAUCUUGCUCGCGAUGGUUGGAGCAGGUAUUUUGUGGAUCGGCUGGAACGGCUUCAAUGGUGGUGAUCCUUACGCCGCUUCGCCAGACGCCGGUGUUGCGGUCCUUCACACGAAUUUGUGCACUGCUGUCUCCAUGCUUACCUGGACAUGUAUGGACAUCAUCUUCUACAAGAAGCCCAGCAUCAUUGGUGCCAUCAACGGCAUGAUCACAGGCCUAGUCGGUAUCACUCCUGCUGCUGGUUUCGUCGCUGGCUGGGGAGCCAUCAUCAUUGGUAUCUGCACCGGCAUCAUCCCCUGGAUUAGCAUGAACAUUGCUGGCAAGAAAUGGAGCCUCUUCACCCAUCAUGUCGAUGAUGCCCUCGGCAUCACACAUACGCACAUGGUGGCAGGUACCCUCGGUGGCUUCCUGACUGGUCUCUUCGCCACCCAAACCGGCUCCUACGCCUUUGGCCUAACGACAGACGGUGGUGCAAUUAUGGGCAGAGGCAAGCAAGUCUGGCUCCAAAUCGUCGGCGCCCUCUUCAUCAUCGGCUGGAACCUCGUCUGGACGUCUCUGAUCAUGUGUUUCAUCAAGUACGUCUGCCGCAUUCCACUGCGCAUGACCGAGGAAGAGCUGUUGAUCGGCGACGAUGCUAUUCACGGAGAGGAGGCAUAUAGCUUUUAUGACGACGUCUCAGGUCUCGUGCCAUCGCGUACGACCGAGAUGAGGGCAGCAGAUAUGUUGGAGCGCAUUCACCAUCAUGGUGAUAAGCAUGAGACUACCGUCCUACAUGGGCAAGAUUUGGAGUCUGGCAUGCCGGAGAGUGUGCGAGGGACGGAGAACGGAGGACAUUUGGACGACGAGAUCAAGCAAGAUUAA